AUGUGCGCCCCACUUUUCCCCAUUCUGGUCGAGCACCAGGAUGAUCUCGACCUGGACGAAGCCAUCCGCCAGGGAGGAGGACCCAUUAAUCGGGUGAGCCCCGCAUUGCAAACGCACCGGAUCGGUACAACCCUACCUGUCUUUUUCCGAACAUACCAGGGAGACCGAUACACUUGGACUGAAAGCGACGACGAUGAUGAUGAGGAUGACAAUCACUACGACGAUGAACACGACACAAACAACGAUCCUGAAGCUGACAUUACAGCCACCACCACCACCGAGAUCGCGAUCCCGCUGUCGACAACAUCAACAGCAACAACCACUACUGCCAUUGCCAAGAUAGCGACUCCGACGUCGAAGAUGAAAACUCUGAUGGGGAAUCCUUUGCGCAUCGUCCGCUUGACCAUUUUUGAUCUUAUUCUCGCUUUCUCGGCAUACUGGCACUGCGCCGGCAGUCCUUCCAGAACGUAA